AAACGAAAGACUCUUUUUGUCUCCGUCUCCGUCUCCCCUCCCUCUCUCUCUCUCUCAAUUCCUUCCCUGGUUUUCUCCUGUGAGCCAGGUGGGAGAGAGCAUCAAAACCCUGACUUUUCCCUUUCUUCUGCAGGUUUUUGCCCAAAUUUGCGUCUCUUUCUCUUCUGAAAUCUCCCUCUUCUUUGUGUGGCGUUGGAAUCUCUGAGCUCAAGAUGAACGACCUUCUCUCGGAUUCAUUUGGAACUUCCAGAGGUCAAGCCUCUCAGGAAGCAGAUAUAGAAAUGGGAACCCAAGGCCCGACUAAUACUGCAGACGUGGGAAUGGAAAACUUCUUCAAAAAGGUUCGUGAGGUUGAGCAGCAGAUUGAUAAGAUCUCGAAACAGCUGAAGAAGCUGCAAGAAGCAAAUGAGGAGUCCAAGUUAGUUACGAAAGCUGAUGCUAUGAAAGCAAUCAGGAAGAGAAUGGAGAAGGAUGUGGAUGAAGUGGGAAGGAUUGCGCGUAUUGUGAAGACAAAAAUUGAAGAAAUUGACAGAGAUAAUUUGGCAAAUAGGCAGAAGCCUGGAUGUGGAACGGGAAGUGGGGUUGAAAGAUCACGAACAUCAAUGACUGUUGCACUGAAAAAAAAAUUGAAGGAACGCAUGUCUGAAUUCCAGACACUCAGACAAACAAUCCAAGAGGAAUACCGUGAAGUGGUUGAGAGAAGGGUCUUCACAGUGACGGGUACAAGAGCUGAUGAAGAGACAAUUGAUAACUUGAUAGAGACUGGGAAUGGUGAACAAAUCUUCCAAAAAGCAAUUCAGGAGCAUGGUCGAGGCCAGGUCAUGGACACCCUUGCAGAAAUUCAAGAACGACAUGAUGCUGUUAGGGAUCUUGAGAAGAAGCUUCUGGACUUACAGCAGAUUUUCCUGGAUAUGGCUGUCCUAGUUGAGGCUCAAGGCGACAUGCUUGAUAAUAUUGAAACCCAGGUCUCGAAUGCCGUUGACCAUGUUCAGUCUGGAACAACUGCUCUUCGGAGAGCAAAGAGUCUGCAACGUAACUCACGCAAAUGGAUGUGCAUUGCCAUUAUCAUCCUUCUGCUGAUUGUUGUGAUUAUAGUAGUUGCAGUGCUCAAACCUUGGAACACUAAGAGUGCAUGAGACGGUUAUUAUAUCUCAUCUGCCUUCUACGUGUGUGUAUUUUAUGACUGAGCUUUUCCUUCGCCUGAUAAAUUUAAGCUUUAUGGUGCCUAUUGUGUAUUUGUUCUCUCUGUUAAUGUCAUUCAUCAUCCAAUCUACCA